AUGAAGCCGUGGCUAAUCUGGGCUCUCGGGGUCCCGCGGCGCGCGCAGGCUGGGAGCGGGCGGGAGCGGGCGCUCCGGGAAGAGCUCGGUGCGGCGGGAGCGCGGGCAGCGGAGCCCCGGGACAGCGCGCAGGGAAACGCGCCAGGGCAGAGGGAGGAUGGAAAUCCUCCGGCAGGGAUUUCCGACAGAGCCCGCGGCGGGGAAUUUGCGCCAGAAAUUCUCAUGAUGAAAGCAACUCUACCUAGCAGUCAUGCUACAAGAGGUUUGGAAGGAAGGAAUACCAGGAGAGCUGAAACAGAAAACACUGGUUUAGGGAAUGGGAUCAUGGAGUUGAGUGUCUGCGGGCCUGGUUUGAGGGAGGACUCUGACAUCCAGGGGCUUCCAAUGAUCCCAGAGGUUGGCUCUAGCGUUGCAGAAAGUGGUGAUGUGAAGUUCUGGGAAAAUACUAGUUGCAUCUGGAAAGGAUGUCAAGAGGGGACCCAAAAUGAGCUUAGGAAUGUUACCACCAUGAAGCCAUCCACACCUUUGGAGCAAGAAGGCUUCAUACUACUGACUGUAAUUUUUAGUAGCUUUCUUCUAGAGCUAAACAUGCUGGGCUGGAGCCUUGCUGCCAAUGUAGGACCUGCUGCACACAUGUGGAAUGGACAAACUCCUGAUUUGAAAGCCGUUGAAGGCAUUGAUUUGAAUCCCAGUUCCAAACACAUUUCAUGUCUGGCUUGGAUAAAAAAAGGAAUAUGCCUUGCAGUUUGGAUCAGUGAUGGAGAGCUGCAAUUGUGGAACACUGAAACCAGAAAGAGGCUGAGAAAUAUGUUUGGCCACCUGUCUGUAAGAGGAUGGAAUCAUUGUAUUCUGAGCAGUGGUUCACUACUAGGAUUUGCCCAUCACCGUGAGGUUCAGGUUGCUCAGCACUAUGUUGGGAGUCUUUGUCAAAACAAACAAAUCAUUUGAAGCCUGAAAUUUUUUCUAGCCAACCUGUUGCUGGCAAUUUGGUCCAGAGGUGGUACAUUGAAUAUCUGGCCUAGAAACCCUGGGGUGAAAUUGCAGUCACAGACACUGAAAACCAACUUCUGUGAUGGCUUGGCUCAGGCAGUUAUGACCUGGAGUCCUUGGCAGUCAAAAGUCCUUGCUACACGAGGUGGAAUGAAAGAUGGGAUUUUGUGUGUCUGGCACAUGAAUUGUGAGAAAAUAAUCCAAAGUGCAAUUGCAGAUUCACAGGAGAACUCAGGUAACAAAGGGAGAGUCUUGCAUAUAACCCCAAGCUCAGAUCACAGCAGGUUCAUUUUUGUUGCAGUGGAUGGGAUGUCUUGUCUGUGGAAACAGCAUGGGUCCGGGGAGAGCAUGCACAGCAACAAAGCUUUUUAA